AUGGCUCGCCCUGGUCCGGGCUUGCUGCUACCUGCCAAUGGUCUGGGCUACCCGCCACAAAACCUGGCAAGAGUGGUGGUCUGGGAGUGGAUGAAUGAACAUGGGCGCUGGAGGCCCUACAGUGCAGCAGUGUGCCACCAUAUUGAGAACAUCCUAAAGGGGGACGCCCGAGGAACUGUAGUCCUGGGACAGGUUGAUGGCCAACUAUCUCCUUACGUCAUAGACCUGCAGUCAAUGCAUCAGUUUCGACAGGACACUGGCACCAUGAGACCCGUGCAGAGGAACUUCUAUGAACCGUCCUCUGCACCGGGCAAAGGCGUGGUGUGGGAGUGGGAGAACGACAACAGUACUUGGACCCCAUAUGAUAUGGAAAUCUGUGUGACCAUUCAGAAUGCCUAUGAGAAGCAGCACCCCUGGCUGGAUUUGACCUCUCUAGGCUUUAGUUACCUCAUUGACUUCAACAGCAUGUCUCAAACUAACAAGCAGAGCCAGCGCAAACGCCGCCUUCGGAGGCGUAUGGAUCUUGCUUAUCCACUCAUCAUGGGUUCCAUCCCCAAGUCUCAGUCUUGGCCUGUGGGGGCCAGUUCUGGCCAGCCCUGUUCCUGCCAGCAAUGUAUUCUGGUAAACAGUACAAGAGCAGCAUCAAAUGCCAUUCUUGCCUCUCAGCGACGGAAGCUCCACGGAGUGGCGGCAGGCAAUACCAGUGCGGCGGGAACGCUGACGGCUGUGCGCCAGAGCAACACCUUUGCUGGAACCUCUCUUUGGUCUCCAACGUCAUCCACGACUAAUAAUAUGAGUACAGGAGGCGGGCAAGCCAAAGGUGAACAGGUGCAGGUGCCUUUGUCCCCAGCCAACUUUCCUGUGAUGUCAUCUCAUGGCCACAAUACCCUCGCCAUCAAUGGUCAGAACAACCUGAACAGACCUGGCACUCAACGAAUCUCCAUGGCUACUCCUAGAGGAACUAUCCCUCCAGGGGUUCCUGCUCUCCCAGUCAAAAACCUAACUGGAUCUGGACCAGUACAUCCAGCAUUAGCAGGUAUGACCGGUAUCCUGAUGUGCGCUGUAGGUCUGCCUGUUUGCCUGACCCGAGCACCAAAGCCCAUUCUUCACCCGCCGCACAUCAGUAAGAGUGAUAUGAAGCCUGUGCCGGGAGUCAAUGGUAUGCGACGCAAGACCAAGAAAAAGCACCUGAGGAAAGGAAAAACCCCAGAGGAUGUUGUUAAAAGAUACACAGACAAAAUUAAAGUGGCACCAGAUGAGGACUGUACCAUCUGCAUGGAAAGGCUGGCGAUGGCAUCCGGCUAUGAAGGCGUCCUGCAGUACAAAGGCAUCAAGCCAGAGUUGGUGGGCAAACUUGGCAAGUGCGGCCAUAUGUACCAUCUGCUGUGCCUGGUGGCCAUGUACAACAAUGGCAAUAAGGAUGGCAGUCUUCAGUGCCCAACAUGCAAGACAAUCUAUGGUGAGAAAACAGGGACUCAGCCUCCAGGGAAGAUGGAGUACCACGUCAUCCCCCACUGUCUGCCCGGCUACCCGGACUCCAAGACCAUUCGCAUUGUCUACGACAUUCCUGCUGGUGUCCAGACCAAUGAGCACCCCAACCCUGGGAAGAAAUUUAGUGCAAGAGGUUUCCCUCGGCAAUGUUACCUGCCAGACAACGAGAAGGGCAGGAAGGUUCUCAAGCUGUUGAUCACAGCCUGGGACCGACGGCUCAUCUUUACCAUCGGCACUUCCAGCACCACAGGUGAGUCUGACACGGUGGUUUGGAACGAGAUCCACCACAAGACAGAAUUUGGCUCCAACCUGACUGGCCAUGGCUACCCUGAUCCAAACUAUUUGGACAACGUCCUGGCUGAACUAUCAGCUCAGGGAGUCGGUGAGGACAACUUAAAGGACUGA